CAGUCCCUCUCUCCCCGCAGCGAGUCGGACGGGAACCCCAGCACAGAGGACGAGUUGAGCCGGGGGCCAGAGGAGACUGAGCUGGCCGUGGGGACGCCCGCCGUGCCGGACGGGGCCGUCGCCUCCGGGAACCUCUUCUUGCCGGCACCCGCCGGGGCCUGCUCCGGGGCCUCGUCCAUCCUGCUCAACGGCAACUUCAUCACCACGGCCGGCCCGCAGGCCAUGCUGCUGAACGGCGGCUCCGUGCUCCAGGCGUCGGGCGGCGUGCUCAUCAACGGGCUGGCGCUGGGCGACAGCCAGACCAUCACCCUGAGCCCCGUGGCGUCCACCCCGCCCGUGCUCCUCAACGGCGCCGCCAAGACCCCGCCUGGCGCCUGCCUGGAGUCGCCGCCGGCCUCCUCGGCCAGGCCUGACAUCAAGGCGGAAGCCGGGGAGUCGCUGCCCUCCAUGGUGUUUGGCCCGGGCGCCGUGGAGGUGAAGACGGAGGAGAGCCAGGCCGUCAGGGCCCUGUCCGAGGUGCCCACGCUCCUUCCCCUGGCCCCGGCCGCGUCCGACCCGAAGGGGGCGCUGCUUCCCACUCCGGCCGGCUCAGUGCCCCAGGUGGUGCCGUCGGGCGAGGAAGCCCCCUGCCCGGCCCCGGCGCUCCCCCAGCCGGUGGUCUCCGGCUCCCAGAUUGUCCCCCUCUCCCAAGUGGUGCCCGGUUCUCAGCCCGGCCAGGCCCUGCCCGUGACGUCGCCUCCCCCGGCUGCCGCCUCGCUCCUCCAGGGCUCUCCCCUGCUGUCCUUCACCUCGCCCAUCCCGGGGCCAGCUCAGGUCGCCCCGGUGCCCGCCGUGGUCCACGUCCCCGCCCCGCCCCUGAUCCCCAUCUCCCAGGUCUCACCCCCCUCCCAGGUAGUGCCCCUGUCCCAGCCGGCCCCAGGCACCCCGGUGCUGUCCCCUCCCCAGAUGGUGCCGCUCUCACCCACCCAGGUCUACUCGGUGCCCCAGGGGGCCCCCGCCCCGCAGCUGGUGUCGGUGCCCCAGGGCUCCCAGCUCAUCUCGCUCCCGCAAGUGGUGCCCACGUCGCAGGUGGUGACGCUGCAGCAGGGGGUGGGGCCGAUCCAGAUCCUAGCCAGCGCCGCCCCGCUCAAGGUGGGGGCUCCGCCGGCGGCCAGCGGGACCGUGGGGCAGAGCAACGUGCACCUCAUCAACGCCAACAUGGGUGUGACCACGCUGCAGCUGCCCGCCGGCGCGCCAGGGAACUUCCUCCUGACGAACCCAGUGCCAGGUGGCGGCACCAUCCUCACCGGCAUGACACUCCAGCAGGGCAAGCUCAUCCUGACCGCCACCUUCCCGGCCACCAUGCUCAUGUCCCCGGUGCUCUCCGCUCCCGCCGGCAGCCUGGCCCUGCCCAUCAAGCAAGAAACGGCGCCUCUAACAUGCACCAGCGCCCCCAUCCCAGGGCCCGUGAACUCCGAGGGCGCCGGGGCGGGCCAGCCGGCCUUGGCUUUCGGGGACGGUGUAGCCGGCCGUCAGCCUGGCGUCCUCUCGAACUUCCCCCAGGAGGGCCUGGUGCUGUCCCCGCUGCCUCAGCCGGCAGCGUGGCCCGGCUCGGCGGGCAUGGAGAUGCAAGCGGCUGGCACCGAGGGGCUCUUCGAGAUGGAGAAGGGGGCGGUGGAGGUGCUGGACGGCACGGAGCCGAGUGGCCUACUGCUGCCUGAGGGCGAGGGGCUGCUGUUGGGCAGCUCAGCCAGCGACCCCCUGGAUCCCGAAGGCCUCGACUCGGAUGAGAAGGUGCUGACCCAGCUGCAGUCGGUGCCGGUGGAGGAGCCCCUGGACUUGUAAGAGGCUCGGCAGGCGGGCGCGAGACGGGACCGGGGCGCCACCUCCUAGGGGGGGGUCUCGGCCCCUCCGUGCCUUCGCUGCCCCCGGCGCGUCAGAUCCAAACUCUCAGACAUCUGUAGAGCUCCGAGCCCUCGCCCCGGAUCCCACUGCCAGGGGGCCCUGGCGCUGCGGGCGCCUGAAAGGCUCUGGGCAAUUGGGUGGUGCCGGAUCCGUGGCUGCAUCUGUGGGCUGCCAUGACCAAACACUACAAUUCCAAACUGGGGAGGGGGGGGGGAAUCCGGCUCUGGCCAGGCAAGCUCCUAGCCCCCAGGAAGGGGGUGUCAGCUGUUGUGGCUUAGAGCGGGCAGGAGAAAAGCAGGCAUUCGUGGGCUGCGGGGUCUCCCCUGCUCCUGCCCCCCCUUUCCUAGAAACACUAAGCGUCUUCCCAGAGCAGGGUGUGGGAGCCGCACGGCGCAGGGGGAGUCUUGGUGCUAAGGGAGCAGGGUUUCUGGGGCAGCUGCUGAUCGGACCCCAGGUCCCGUCGGUCGCUGCGGGAACCACUGACUUUGUUUUCGGGUGGAGGAAAAUUCUGGGGCCUGGGUCCAUGCUCCCCUGUCCUGCCCUGGGGUUCCCCAUAGUCUGCCCCAGCCACACCCCUUGUGGGCUCUGGGGGGCAGCAAAUAGCCACACCCCCAAUCCGCCCUCUAUGCUAGGAGCAGGGAUAAGAACCCUUACGUCAGCUCCCCAUGUGCAUGGGGAGGAAUUAUCGGGGUCACUUCUGCCCUGGUUAGGCUGCCGGAGUGGCACCGAUGGGGCUGCGUGUGAAUGUGAAGAACGAAAUCCAAAGUCAUCCCGAAUUGCUCCCCCUGAAUUUCAUGGUUUCCCCGCUUCCACUCCUAGACACUACAAACCAGCUGACCUGACUUCUUAUUUUUUACGUGAAAGAAUUUUUAUCUAUAUAUAAAAAUUAUAUAUUUUUAGAAGGAGCAAAUCCUGCUGCGUGAUUCCAGCGUGCCUGGGACCGUCACCCCGGGGCACCUCGCCCCACCAGUAUUUAAUGGUCUCACUGUUUUUUGAAUCGCUCUUCCAGCAGGAGGAUAAACACCCCACGAGCUGAACCUUUUAUAUUAAAAAAUAAAGUGCAUUUAACUUUUGUAAACCUUCACUACGUCGGAGCGGUGGCCGCUCCUGCCUUGGCCAGCGGAGGCCGCGUUUCCCGCCAACCUGGUGGGGUUUGUUAGAGAGGGUACGUUGGACUGGUCGAAGGCUUUGGACUCCCCGAAAUCACACUACAGAGCUACUGGAGAGCCGUGUUGGUACGGGGUCCUCUCCACACAGGAUGCCUGGGUUCCAGAUCUACCACAGGACAGGAUCCCUCCCCCUGUGGAGCAACCAGGUUCUAGAUCUGCAGCAGAAUGGCACCCCCGUGUCCCAGACCCACACCAGAUCAGAUCCCAGCCUGAUGGAGUAAUCCGGUUCUAGAUCUGUGCCAGACGGGGAUUUCUGCUCCAUGGAGUAACUGGGUUCUGGAUCCACGCUGGAGUGGGAUCUGUCUGCCACCAUGAAGCUGUUGGGUUCUAGAUACACAUCAGAAUGGGAUCCCUGCCCCAUGGAGUGCCAGAUUCUAGAUCCAUGGCAAUAUGGGAUCCUCCCCAAGGAAACCACCAGGUUCUAGAGCCACACUGGAACUGGAUCCUCGACAGUGCAACUGGAACCACAUCAGAAUGGGUUCCCACCCCAUGGAGCUUCCAGGGUUCUAGAUCAUCUGAAUGGACCCCAGCUUCAUGGAGCUUCCAGGUUCUAGAUCCACACCGGGAUGGGUUCCCACCCCUUGGAGCAGCUGGCUUCUCUUGGACCCACCUCAGAACAAGCUGCUCUUUGUGGUUUUUCAGUCUUCGUCAUCUUCUGGGACCAGCUCCCCUCUCGUCCUCUCCUCUUCCCCGGUUCCUCAUCCUCAAAAUCCAGAGCUUCCGUUGUGACUCCUCGAAGUUGUCCCCACCGUGGCACCCGUGGGCUCCUCCGGCACCCUAGCGUCCCAUGAGCCUUCUGGAUUUCUUUGGCUGUCCAAGACGAACAAACCGGGGGGGGGUCAGCUCUGUCUGGCAAGCCAGAGGGGUGGCACCAAUGGUUCCUUUCCUUCCCCCUCCACCCGUGCACCAUGGUUAUCUGUGGAGGGACCCAGACUGGACACUUGAAUCUUGGGGCACUGCCUCCUGUCCCACCCUCUCACCAGGUACUAGUGCAUCUCACUAUUAUUAUUAUUUUUCACCAUUUUCCUAUUUUUUUU